AGUGCUCGAGAUAUCGACCCACAUUGCUAGUUCGUAGCUCCGGUAACCCCAGCGCCUCCGUGACACAGCAGGCACUGACUUCCUUCCACACAGCAACAAUGCAUCAUCACGACGUUCAUCUGUCUGCAACAGUAAACUUGCGAUUGUUAUGGCACGUUCUUUCCGAGCGGAUGUUUGAGAGGGAUCCGAGAAAGAGGAAUUAGGAUUACAAAAGAAACCGGAAACUCUAAAAGCUAAACGGGACAUGAAUGAUGACGUCCCCAAACAUCGAGUGGAGGGAACGUCUGGGCGGGCUCCCACCUUCAGCACAGAACAAGCAGCCAACUUUGCAAAAACGCGUGAGAACGCGUCUAAACGUAACAGAGCUCUGUUGAAGGAACUCGAGGUACAGGCGGCCAAACUGCGGUCGCGCACGUGCUUCUGCCCUACCGAACUGCAACUCUACAGACUGCAGGCAAAGUAUGAAGAAGAAAUGCGAGCCACAGUUCCUCCUGGUGACAUGUAACUAACUGAAGGAAGCCUGUCUCACAAGCCAUGAUCACCGCUGCUGGGGUUAGUCCACCCCUGGACUUCUCAUUCCGAAACCUGACUUCUGUGGAAGAUCUUGGUGACACAAAGCCAAGACGUGGUGUCAAACGGUACCGGAAAUCCCCUUCUGGUCUCUAUGAUUGCUAUGCGCUCCGCCUCAACAAUAACCACCUCAUGUCUGUCCGCGGGAUCCAUGCGAUCUUGUAUCAGGUGGUGGAGAGGCCUGAACAGUUAACAUGGCUGGACCUUUCCUUCAACAAGCUGACAUCCAUUUCCACAGAGCUAGCAGAAUUCUCUAGCUUGAAAAUAAUGUAUCUUCAUGGAAAUCUCCUUACAGAACUUGGCAAAGUUCUCCAUACACUGAGACACCUUUCUCACCUCUACAGCCUCACGCUGCAUGGGAACCCACUGGAGGAACAUAGGAAAUAUCGAGCCCGGAUCCUGUGCAGUCUGCCACAGCUACGAUCACUGGAUUUCACCAAUGUAACAGUGUCUGACAAACUGCAUCUGAACAAGGUUAAAAGGAGGAGCACCUCAUUUAAGACAUAAUGCUCCUACAUCGAUACGUCCCAAGCGUCAGUGUGUUUAGCAUCGUUGCUGAACCAAACUUUGACUGUUAUUCCAGUAAUAAACAUUAAAAAACUUGGAAACUGAUUUUACAGUUGGGUCUGGAAGCAUUUGUAGCAAAUAAUGGGCACGUAUCUUGCCCAUCUGUUGUCUUUUAGUUCACCAAUUUAUGUACUGUCUGCUCAUAAUCAUCAAUAUUCCUUGUAAUUGAUACAGAAGUCUUAAUUAAUCAAUAUGCAACAUUAUGUGCAAGAUACAAAGAGACUUCUAUGCUGUAGAUGGAGGCAGAUUCCACCAAAAUGCUGGCACAUAGUGUCACAUCCAAGAAGACAAUAGUAAUUUUAACACAAAUAUCCAUUUCCUGUAUGUGUGCAGAAACACACCAUGGUCAGUAACUGCAUGUCGCUUCUGACAGGACACUAAAGGAAAGCUUACAGAACAAGGAAACCUGCAGUCCUUCUCUAACAGCUUUCACAUUCCAUAUUUUUAGAUCUUCAUGCAGUAUGCCACAAGGCAGUGUCUACAUGGAUGCAUAAGACAACGGAAAGAUGUCACUGUAUGACCCAAUACACAGUGAAGAACUUUUGUUCAACGAGACUAAGACACAUGGACUCUCACACUACAGCCAACCAUCUUAAUGAAAUGUCUGAUGUAUGAAUUUAUUUUAGAAAUAUGAAUCACCUUCCUGCAAUUAUUCUAAAUAUGCACAAAGGCAAUAGUGACAUAUAUCUCUAACAAACAUUAAUUGUUGUGGUAGUGUUAAGUUCAAUGUUCUCAAUAUUUCUUGAUGUCCCACAUCAAAUUUUUGUUCCUGUAUUGCUGAAAACAAAAUACUUUGGUAUUUCUG